AUGACGAAAAUAACAGAUGCAGCAACGAGACAGGCAGUUCAAAGUGCCUAUGACGCCGUUAGAGCAACUGUUGUGAAAAGUCAAGAAAAAGAGUUACAACAGACCAAAACAGACCUAGUAAAUGCUUUCUUAAAAACGAAAAGUCAGGUAGGACAUUACGCUGCAGAUGGAACAUAUGUGCCAGCUGGUGGAACUUAUAUACCAGCUGGUGGAACUUAUAUACUAGCUAGUGGAACUUAUAUACCACCAAACCCUCCAAGAGAAGCACCUGCACCAGGACUACCUAAAACAUUUACAUCGUCACAUGGACACAGACACAGGCAUGCACCAAAACCAACACAACAACCAACACAACAACCAACAGUUCAAAAUCCAGCACCACAACAACAACCAAAACCAACAGUUCAAAAUCCAGCACAACAACCACCUCCACAACCAGCACAGCAACCAACAGUUCAAAACCCUGCACAACAACAACCACAAACAGAGCAAGGACAUAAAAGAAGUAGAGAACAAGGAAACCAAGAAUUCUUAAAAAGGCUUAAGGAAGACUAUGGUUACCCAGAUAGUAUUGACUUUAGUGACAGAUAUAAAGAAGCUAUUAGAAAGUUCAAGGGAGGAAAUACUGACCCGAACCUAUUUAGCUUUAUGGUUCAGCACCAAAUGGGAUAUAAUUUCAAACCUGGAAAAUACAAGCUCGCUAAGGGAUAUGAUUUAAUAGCAUAUCAUCCAAAUGACAUGACUGAAUUUACUCCGAGAUAUUUGAUGUCAGAGCUAAAUGACAAUUCAACUCCCGUCAUGAAACGCGUAAAAAAUAGAGACGGAACGAAAGAAGAAAGGUUUAUGAGUCCGGAUGACUUAGAAAGGGAAGUUGUUAAAAACGGUCUCGGAAUAUAUGAAAUGCCAGCAGAUGAGGUACAAGAAACUCCACAGGAAGAACUAGUUCAGAUACAACCAGACAUGGAAGAAAUAGUUCAGCAACAACAGCUAGAAGAGCCUGAAGGAAACGAACAAGUCACUCCUUUGGAAACUAACUUCACAGAACUAGAUGAAGAUUUGGAACAGCCGAAAAAUCUUGACCCUCAACAAGU